AUGCUUCAUUGCGUACUGACAGGUUUUAGAACUAAAAAUGAUGACGAAUAUCAUAAAGGCAAUACCCCUCUAGAGCGUUUGCCAAUUGAUAUGAUCAAAGCAGUACCCAUUGACUAUAUGCAUGCUGUUUGUCUUGGAACAAUGAAACGUAUGUUAAAAUUUUGGGUGCGAGGAAAACAAUCUGUAAGAAUACCUAAUGAAAAAAUAUAUGAUGCUGAUAAAGAAUUAAUCAGUUUAAGACAAUACUUCCCAUCAGAAUUUGUUAGACUUCCAAGGUCUUUAAAUGAUAUCGAAUAUUGGAAGGCAAAUGAAUUUAGAACUUUUUUAUUAUAA